AUGCUCCUCGGAUCCCAACACUCCCGGAUCAAGGUGGCAGACGGGCCACACGCUAACAAUCAGGACGACGUGCAGACCACGCACACGGCCACACAUCACUUGUCCGCGGAAGGAGAGGCCGUACCUGGCUCGCAGCGCUGUUUCCCGGGCCGGCUGUCGGGAGGCGGCGCCCAAGGGUCAGAGGCCCGGACGGAGCUCGGCCACCCUCACGGAGCUCACCUCCAGCGGCUGCGCGGCGGCCCAGCUGCAGCGGCCCAGCCCCCGCACCCCCGAUUGGUGCCUGGUCGCCCUAGCAACCGAGUUGGGCUUGGCGCUGUACUAGCUCCUCGUUCCCUCCAGGCCGCCGAGCUGGCGACCCAGAGGGAAUCGCAAAGUCAGGAAAAUCUGUCCAACACCUCUCCGGCACCUCCAGAAGUGUAUAAGAUAAACUUUAUAUUUCCAAAUGGAGACAAGUAUGAUGGUGAUUGUACAAGAGCAUCUUCUGGAAUCUUUGAGAGAAAUGGAAUAGGUGUUCACACCACUCCUAAUGGGAUUGUCUACACAGGAAGCUGGAAAGAUGACAAGAUGAAUGGUUUUGGAAAACUUGAACAUUUUUCAGGAGCAGUAUAUGAAGGACAGUUUAAAGACAAUAUGUUUCAUGGAUUGGGGACUUAUACAUUCCCAACUGGAGCAAAGUACACUGGAAACUUCAAUGAAAAUAGGGUGGAAGGUGAAGGGGAAUAUACUGAUAUCCAAGGACUACAUUGGAGUGGUAGCUUUCAUUUCACAGCUGCUCCAGGCCUGAGACUAAAGCUUGACAUGUAGAUGUUCUGUGUUAAAGUUUAAACUGGUAUUUGAAGCUUUUAGUUGUAAGGAAAGCAACUAAAUCUGUCAUCUGAAAUUACUUCAUAC